AUGCCGUCUUCCUCGUCGUUAGUAGCGGCCUUAGCGCUGCUCGCGUCGGUCCUCGUAUCUCCCGUCGCCGGCCAGCUGCACACGGACUGCAACCCGCUGAACGAGACGUGUCCGGCGGACCCGGCGCUGGGGACGGCGCACACGUUCGUGUUCAACAGCACGCCGCCGGCGGGGACGUUCAACACGACGGCGGGCGUGGUCAGCUACAGCGCGGACCUGGGCGCGGCGUUCACGAUCAACCGCAAGGGCGAGUCGCCGACGCUGAUCUCCAACUUCUACUUCUUCGGCGGGCGCACCGAGGUGCUGCUGCGCGCCGCGUCGGGCACCGGCAUCAUCAGCUCGAUCGUCUGGUCCUCCGACGUGCUCGACGAGGUCGACUGGGAGUUCAUGGGCGGCAACGCGACCCACGCGUCGACCAACUACUUCGGCAAGGGCCACCCCGACUUCCGCAACGCCGGCUACCACCCCGUCGCCGGCGGCGUCCAGGACGACUUCCACAACUACACCUCCACCUGGACCGAGGACAAGCUCGAGUGGUUCAUCGACGGCGAGCUCAUCCGCACCCUCCACGCCAAGGACGCCAACGACUCCUACUACUACCCCCAGACCCCCAUGAAGCUCAGCCUCGGCAUCUGGGCCGGCGGCGACCCCGACCAGCCCAAGGGCACCAUCGAGUGGGCCGGCGGCGAGACCGACUACUCCCGCCCCUACACCAUGUGGGUCAAGAGCGCCUUCGUCGAGGACUACUCGACCGGCAAGGAGUACUCGUACAGCGACAACAGCGGGUCGUGGGAGAGCAUCAAGAUCGUUAGCGGCAACUCGACCGCGUUCGAGAACAUCCACCGGGAGCCGGAGAAGUCGCUGUCGGAGAAGUGGGAGGCGCUGCCGGCGGGGACGAAGAUGGGCGUGUACGGGGCGGCGGGGGGCGUGGGCGGGCUGCUGAUCGUCGCGCUGGCCGUGUACUCGUUCAAGCAGCGGCGCCGCGGCCGCCGGGAGGCCGCGCUCGCCGCCCAGCGCGAGGAGCAGGAGCGCCUCGAGCUCGAGCGCUUCCGCAAGGAGGGCCGCGACCCCGACGCCCUGCGCUUCGACGGCGCCGAGUACAAGGGCGCCGCCGGCGUUGCCACCGCUGCUUACGCCGUCCCCGACUCCCCCCCCGGCACCUCCGCCGGCCCCCCCGCCGCCGCCUGGGACCCCACCGGCCCCGCCCCCGCCCCCGCCGCCGUCCCCCUCCUCCGCGACGACGCCAUGAACAGCCCUGUCGGCCCCCCCCGGAAUAACAGCUUCCCCCCCCAGCAGGGCCGCUUCUGA